CAGGAGCCCAUGUCCAGCCAAUAUGUCUGCCUUUGGCUAAUGAGAGUAAUCUGCCUGAAACCACUUGCAUUGUGGGGGGUUGGGGCAAGAUAAAGGAAAAGGGUUGUCUCCCUGCGGUGGUGAGAGAGGUCCAGUUAGAGCUGGUGGACCCGGCUAGAUGUAAACACGUCCUCCAGACUGUGAAGGGUCCAACCAUUACCCAGCAGAGAGCAGCCAUGACAGUUCUGUGUGCCGGGCCAGAGAGAGGAGGCAGAGACGCAUGCCAGGGGGACUCGGGGGGGCCUCUAGUAUGUCCGGCAGGCUCAGGUGACAAUCACUGGGAAGUCCUGGGUGUGACCUCCUGGGGGAAGGGUUGUGGUCGGAGUUGGGGAAACAACAGCAGCCGCCCCCCUUCCAGGAGAGGAUCACCGGGGGUUUUCACGGAUGUCAGGCUGCUGCUGCCCUGGAUCAAGAUUAAACUGAGAGAGGCUGAUGAGCAGAAGCAGGGAACUCCGUUAUCAGAACUCUGCAGCGUGAGAGAUGGGCGUGUCACUGGCAGUGAGGGGUCACUCAGAAACCCCGCCCUCCCUGGGGAUCACUAUAACAACAACCAGUUGUGUGUGUGGAGUAUCAGUGUUCCUCCAGGUAACAGUGUUCUACUGGAAUUUGAUCAUUUUGAUCUGGAAAGUGACCCUUUCUGUCGCUACGAUCGACUCAUGGUUUCAGUCGGGACUCGGCGGCCAGUUGGGAUUUUCUGUGGAGGGGUCCUUCCUGGCCCAGUGCUGCUGAAGAAUUCCCAGCAUGCAACACUUGAUUUCUCCACUGAUGUUGACCGAACAGGGAGUGGCUUUGCCAUCAGGCACCGUGGCGUCCAGGGAAACUCUAGUCAGGGAUGCGGAACAGUUGUUCUCGUCGAUGAUCUGACUCCUGUCCACAGCCCAAACUACCCGCAGUGCUACAGUGAAGACUGUGUCCUCCGCUGGGUUGUCCAUGCUCCACAGGGACACAUAGUUAAGCUGGAAUUUUCUAAUUUCUACCUGGAGGAGUCAGAUAGAUGCCUGUAUGACUCCCUCACUGUCCUGGGAGAUGUGGAGGGAACAGAGGAGAUUGUGGUGCUGUGUGGUGGCAGUGUUCCUCCUCCUGUCCUCUCCUACCACAGCGUCAUGGUGCUUCACUUCACCUCAGACCACAGCAUCACCCACAGGGGCUUCAGUGCAACGCUGACAUUCAUCAGCCAUGCAGACCUUCACAGCCAGGACACUAGUGCGCAGAGCGGCCCAGAGGGUCAGAGAGGUCACACCGACCAGCGGCACAUGGCACAUGCUGCAGUGGAGCCCUAGUGGUCAACAGUGGAAGUGGAUGGUGCUCAACGGCUCCCAAUGUACCGCCACAGGUCUGAUGACCUCAUGAAGGAAAUCUCUCUAGGUUCAAAGUUGUCCAGCAGCAGAGCCCUGAUGUGGACCAUAAAAUCAGAGGAGCCCAGACGGCAUAUGGACAUGGGCUCACAUGAUGAAGACUACAGCAAAGAAUCCCCAGGGCAACCUUUAUAUGCGUUUAUAUAAACUGAUGACAUCCCCAGACGUAGCACAUGUUAGCAUGCUACGAUCCCAUUGUCAGCAUAUAAGCAACAUGCCCGAGUUGCUUCACAGAGCCACUACUCAGACUCUUAUCACUUCUCUUCCUCCUAAACACAAAGCUGCAUUUCUUUUGACCCAAUGAGCUGUCCACUCCACAAUCAUUCCAUGUGUUUCUGCAAAUGUAAACAAUGUAAACCUCUGGUUGGGUAUCAUCCAAAAGCCUUGCUUGUAAUGAGAUGAUUAAUGACAACAAAAUAUAUGACAAAUGUGAUAAUAUAAAGUAUAACUUAAUUGGAAACCUCAUGAUAGAA